AUUUGAAUUGGGUUUUCAGCUCUACCUUCGUAGCAACCCUGAUGUGUCGAACUUUGUUUGAUUUCCCGAUUUCGCGCACGAUUUGUUAUUUCUGUUUGUUUGUUUGUUUGUUCGGAGUGUCUUCCUCUGUCUUUGGCCUGGAGUGACCUCGCGUCAUGACCUCGAUCAUCAAGUUCCGGCCUUUGUCGGGUGGGAUGAUGCCCGCCCAAUCGGCACUGAGCCCGCCGCACGCCUACCUGUUAGAGCUGGAUCAGUUCACGUUCCUGUGCGAUUGCGGCUGGAACGCCCAAUUCGACAUGGCCUUCAUGCACGAGCUGAAAGCCGUGGUCCACAAAAUCGAUGCUGUGUUACUCUCGUAUCCGGAUAUGAGCCAUUUAGGCGGGCUACCCUACGCCGUGUCUCAAUUAGGUCUGAGUUGCCCCAUUUACGCAACAGUGCCCAUCUACAAAAUGGGUCAAAUGUUCAUGUACGACUUGUAUCAGGCCCGAUUCAACAUGGAAGAUUUUCAACUCUUUUCCUUGGAUGAAGUCGACAAGACGUUCGAAAUGAUCACGCAGCUCAAAUACAACCAAACUGUUCAGUUACGAGGUAAAGGCGAAGGCAUUGCCAUCACGCCCAUGCCUGCUGGCCACAUGAUUGGCGGCAGUCUCUGGAAGAUUGUCAAGGAGGGCGAAGAGGACAUCAUCUACGCCGUGGACUUCAACCACAAAAAAGAGCAGCAUCUCAAUGGCAGCGAGAUCGAGAAGAUCCAACGCCCCUCCUUACUCAUCACGGAUGCUUUCAACGCCUCUUACAAGCAGGUUCGUCGACGAGAUCGGGAUGAGAAACUCAUGACCAGCAUUCUGCAGACCCUCCGCAACAAGGGCAAUGUGUUGGUCUGUGUAGACACGGCUGGACGGGUGUUGGAGUUAGCCCACAUGAUCGAUCAUCUCUGGCAAAUCCAGGACUCUGGCCUUAUCGCUUAUUCCUUGGCCUUACUCAACAAUAUGAGCUUCAACGUGAUCGAGUUCGCCAAGUCGCAAAUUGAGUGGAUGAGCGACAAACUCAUGCGCAACUUUGAAGGUCGACGCAACAACCCUUUUCAGUUCAAGCACUUGAAAUUGUGUCAUUCCAUAGCCGAGGUCAAUAAGGUUCCGUCGCCUAAAGUGGUCUUGGCCAGUAUGCCCGACCUUGAGUGCGGCUUUUCUCGGGAUCUGUUCUUGAGUUGGUGCGGCAAACCUCAGAACAACAUUAUCAUCACGUCACGCACGGGCGAGGGCACUUUGGCCCAUGAUUUGGUGGCUAAUGGGACCAAUCGGACGAUCAAUUUGGAGAUCAAGAAGCGGGUCAAGUUAUCUGGAGCAGAAUUGGAAGAGCAUAAACGGGUUGAACGGGAGAAAGCUGCGGCGGUGGCCAAGGCCAAGAAACAGAACAACGAGUUACUGAUUGACGACGAGUCUUCGGAUGAGGAAAUGGACACAGGAGGACCCGUGAAGCACGAUAUCAUCAUGAAAGUGGAUGCAGCCAAGGAGAACAAUCAGAGCACAACCUUCUUCAAGACGGUCAAGGCCAAACAUAUGAUGUUCCCUCUUACGGAAGAAAAGGUCAAAUGGGACGACUAUGGAGAGAUCAUCCGGCCUGAGGAUUGGAUGGACACGGUGAUCGAUCCGGAUCCGAUCAAGAAUCCUGCCACGAAUGGCCGUACCAACUCAUUCGAGUACGAAGACACCAAAGAUAUUGUGGAAAUCCCAACCAAAUGCAUAUCCAGUGUACAACGCGUUCAACUCAAGGCCCAAAUCCAUUUCAUCGACUUCGAAGGUCGCUCCGAUGGCGAAUCCAUCGUCAAAGUGCUUCAGCAAGUCAAACCUCGUCGUCUGAUUUUAGUGCGAGGGCGUGAGGAUCAAUGUCUAGCUUUGGCUAACCAAUGCCGACAAUUAUGGGCUAAAGCCCAGGAAAGUUCCGGUCAGACUCAACAAAAGGUCAAUAUUUAUACUCCCAAAAAUGGCGAAACCGUCGAUGCCACCACCGAGUCCUACAUUUACCAAGUCCGUUUGCCCGAAUCCUUGGUCAGUCGUCUGUCCUUCAGUAAGGGCAAAGAUGGCCUUUUGGCUUGGGUGGAUGGGAAGAUCUCGUUUAAUCAGGAAGAAAUCGCCGAUGUCCAGUCUGAAGACGCCGAGGAAGUCAAAAAGAAGCCGGCUAUCCCGACCCUUGUCCCGUUGUGUGAAGGGGACAUCUCGGGACAUCCAAGUGUGUUUGUUAAUGAGUUGAAGUUAUCAGAUUUCAAGAUUGUAUUGACCAAGAGUGGAAUCUCAUCAGAAUUUGCCGGAGGCGUACUUUUCUGUGGCAAUGGCAACGUGGCCUUGCGCAGACAUGACAGUGGGCGUGUCACCAUUGAAGGCACAGUUUGUGACGAGUAUUAUCGCGUUCGAGAGCUCUUGUACGAUCAGUAUGCCAUUGUCUAAAAUGAAAUAGAAAUAAACUAACCAUAUUCAUGUC